AUGGAAGGUGCGUCCGUGAGUGCGUACAAGAGCCUGAGGGGAUACUGGAAGAGGAGGAGCUACCGGAGGCUAGACGGGUCGGGCAACCGGCGCCGCAUGCGGGUGGUGGAGCUGGGCUCGACCCGGCGGAGGCGGCGCUGGUCCUGGCGGAUCAAGAUCUCGCCGAAGCUCCGCCGCCUCAGCUCCCCCAAGAAGCUGCUGCUCUGGCCCAAGAAGUUCUUGAUCUGGCUCCGCGACGGCUACGUGAAGAUGAUGCUGCGCUUCGCCGAUUCGCGGGUGUGCGGCAUGUACGGCUCCUCGGUCACCGACGCCGGGCUGAGCGCGUUCGGGCGGCAGCCGCCGAAGGAGUACGACCAGCGGGUGAUCCUGGAGGUGUACAAGGCCCUGAUGGCGGCGCAGGCAAAGGCCGUCACCACAGCCGCGCCGAAACGGGUCCAACUGGCGGCGAUCAGCGAGGAAUGA